AUGAAAGGCCGGGCCUCUCCGGCAGAUUUUCCCAAGGAAUCUGAUGGACAUAUGUUGAAUAAGAGCUCUCGAAGUGAUGACUCAGAAUCCACUUUACCCCGUGAAAGGUGUACUCCAUGUAAAAUCGGUUUCCGCUUAAUGGAGGGGCCGCCUGAUUUUUUCUUAGCUACAAAUCCAUCAGCUGAGCAGCUUCAGGCAUUCAAGGCAUUUUCGGCGAAUGCGGCGGUGAUUAGACACGAGCAUCACAAGGGGAUCCAAGAAAGAAACAGUGGCUCAGGAGCAGAAAGUGCGGCCCCCACCUCAACUCGAUCCAUUCACCGUUUCCGAGGUCCCAGCUGUAGUCGUCCAGCCAAAGAGAACACAUCGUCGACGGCGUCAGUACAUGCAGAUAAUGACCAUACAGUGGAAGCUUCUUUCAUGUCGCGGGCAGGAGAAGCGUCGCCACAAGCAUGCCCAACAGCAGAGGAUACGUACCCUGAGGUACCUGAGCUCGGUGGGAGCAUCCGCCUACUGCGCUACUUGCAGGGCUAUGAGUACAACGUCCCAGCUGCGAGCGAAGCCUAUCGUCGCCAUAUGAGAUGGAGAGAAGAAAUGGGCAUUUGUGCCGGGAAGAGAAGGGCAGUGGUGGAGUCAAUGCUGCUCCCGAUGCACCCUGAGGCUGCUCCCAGCCAUGCCGACGUCACACGGUUUUUCCCCACGAACCCCGUGCUGCGUCGAAACGGGGUGAAUACUUCGAGCACCGCCAAUUGUGAUGCAACAGCGGCACCUGUUAGCUUAUCGGGGGAAGGUGAUUUCUUACUGCACGCAAUGAGUGAAAAAGCUAUUGAGGCGGUGAUUAUGGACAAGCAAGGAAAUAUAAUCUCGAUAGAACGCCCAGACUUUGAUCUAAGGGUGACGAUGUAUUACGUGAGUUCCGCUUCUGCAGGGUUGCUUGACGUGAACGGCCUCUUCUCAGUGGUUUCGGAAGACGAUUUUCUUCGAUGGCAUUCAUAUAUGCUGGAAUUCCGCUGCAUGUUGCUGGACGUAUUGUCCCGCAAAUUCAACCGAAUGGUUCGCAUAACGUCAAUAAUCGACUUGCAGGGGCUCUCUACGCGGCUUUUGAAUCGACGGGCUCUGAAUUUAUUGAGGAGAACAAUUGCCACGGCUAGUGAAAACUAUCCAGAAUCUAUUGACACGAUGUACUUCAUCAACACCCCGCGAGCCUUCUCAACGCUAUGGUUGGCAAUGCGAGGAUGGCUCAGGGAGCGUACGAUCAACAAGAUUCGCCUGUUAGGCACUGACGCUGAAUCAGUCCUAGUGAAGAAUAUCGGAAGUUAUGCACUGCCUACGUCCCUCGGAGGUUGUUGCACCUCUGAGCUAGCCGAUUUUCCUCAGCUGGAGACAGAUCUAGGACCAGGAAGUUUGAUAUUAAACGUGGCGGCGCGGCGAUGCAACCAAGCAGUGGAAGGCAACACGUCUCACACCAUUUUUCAGAACUUGCCUUUUAGUGAACAGGCAUGCUUUCCACCCCCCGAAAGAGCGGUCGUCGUAGACCCUAAUGGAGAUGAGAGAAUUUUGGUGGAAUAUCGAAAGUAUCAGGCUGGCAAGAAAGUUAGCGGUUUUCUUAGCGCAGAACAAGGAGGCUUUCUGAUUCUCUCAUUCGACAAUUCGUGGGGACUUCUUUCGUCCCGGCGAGUUCGCUAUAAAGUCCGCACGGGUUGCUAA